AUUACUUCUGCUAACCUUGAGGGCCUAUAGGCACAUACCUACUAUUGGAUGUUCUGACAUUGGCAGCUGGGAGGGAAAGGAAAUGAAGCCUCAUAAAGGCCUUGGGGCACUUGUGUGAGGUGGGAGAGUAAAUAAGAGAAUGGCUAAUAAAAGAGAGAACUGAAGAGAGAUACCCGUGCCAGCCAGAUAUUCGUUCCUAAGCAGUUCCUGUCUCUCUACCAUGGCCUUGCUAGAAAAUAAAGAGAUCUUUAAUGGAGGGAAUGAUGCUGCCUUACAGAAACCUCCCUGGAAUGCUGGCUCUAUUUAGGAAACUUUUGAAGAUGCCUUUGAAAACCUCCCAUUGGCAAACAAGAUGGAUCUAAGGUGUUCCCUGGAGGAGUGUACAAUGGCAUUAAACUUAUUUCUAAAUAAUAGAUUCUCAGAAGCUUUGGAAUUACUUCGGCCAUGGUCAAAAGAGAGUAUGUAUCAUGCUCUGGGCUAUAGCACUAUUUUAGUGAUGCAGGCAGCAAUGACCUUUGAGCACCAGGACAUCCAAAAUGGCAUUUCCACAAUGAAGGAAGCUUUACAAACCUGUCAAAAAUUCAGAAAAAGAAACACAAUGGUAGAAUCUCUGUCAAGUCUUGUUUCCAAAUCAUCAAUGGAUCAGCUGAGUGAAGAGGAAAUGCAUGCAGAAAUCUGUUAUGCGGAAUGUCUACUACAGAAAGCAGCAUUGACAUUUUUACAGGAUGAAAAUAUGAUCAACUUCAUCAAAGGUGGACUCAAAAUUAGAACAAGUUACCAAAUAUAUAAGGAAUGUUAUUCUGUUCUGCAGAUGACUCAGGGCAACAAAAAACAGAAAGAAACCUAUUUUCAAUUUGAAGGGGGAGUGAAGCUUGGAAUAGGAGCAUUUAAUUUGAUGUUAUCUCUUUUACCAGCAAGAGUUCUCCGACUACUAGAAUUUAUUGGGUUUUCAGGCAACAGGGAAUUGGGCCUCAUACAAUUGCGAGAAGGUGCAUCUGGAUCCAGUUUGCGGUCUACAUUAUGUAGUUUAACUUUACUCUUAUUUCAUACUUAUGUCUCACUAGUCCUUGGUACGGGAGAAGCCAAUAUUGAGGAAGCUGAGACUCUCCUUGAACCCUAUCUCCAGAAGUUUCCAAAUGGCUCUCUAAUUUUAUUUUACUCUGCAAGAAUAGAAUUACUCAAAGGAAAUUUUGAAAAGGCACAGGUGAUAUUCCAAAACUGUAUUAAGUCUCAGGAAGAAUGGAAACAGAUUCAUCACCUCUGUUACUGGGAGCUGAUGUGGUGUUAUACAUUCCAGCAAGAAUGGCUUAUGGCAUAUCAUUAUGCAGAUCUGCUUUGCAAAGAGAGUAGAUGGUCCAAGGCAAUAUAUGUGUUUCAGAAAGCUGCAAUUCUGAGUAUGCUCCCAGAUGAAGAGGUGAAGCCAACUGGAGAGAAUAUUGUGUCUUUGUUUAGACAGGUGGAGGGCUUGAAGCAGAGAAUUGCUGGCAAAUCUAUCCCAACGGAGAAGUUUGCAGUGAGGAAGUCCCGGCGUUAUUCCAGUGCAGCCUUUCCUGUUAAGCUGAUCUUACCUGCUCUGGAAAUGAUGUAUAUCUGGAAUGGUUUUACUGUAGUAGGCAAAAGACCUGAUCUCACAGAAAAUCUCUUGAUCACCAUUGAAAAAGCAGAAACAACUUUACAAAAUGAAACAAGAAAGCACGAAGAAGAGAAUACAACAAGAUGGGAGCACACAAAGAGGAGGGAAAGAUUUUCACGGUUUGGAAAAGAGUCACGUGAAAAGUGCAGUGAUUACUUCACGGAUGACCAGUGUUUGGUGCAGUUACUGAAAGGUCUCUGUCUGAAGCACUUAGGAAGACUCUUACAAGCUGAACUGUGUUUCAAUCAGGUUAUUCAAAGUGAGAAACAACUAAAAUUUGAUCACUACCUUGUGCCAUUUACUCUGUAUGAACUGGGACUUUUAUAUCAACUACAAGGAGACACAGAGAAGGCCUUACGAAUAAUAGAAACUGCAAAAACAAACUACAAAGAUUACUCCAUGGAGUCCAGACUGCACUUUAGGAUCCACGCAGCACUCAGCAGUUUGAAAGGCUCUCCUGCUUCUACUCCUUGAUGGAAGCCACAUGGGUGGAAGAGUUUUCUAAACUGGCAGGAGCUUCUCCUCUAGAGAAAUCCUUGUAUUAAAAUCAAUAAGUGAUCAUGUACAUGAGAGGGAAGGAAAAAGCAAAUUGAUUUUAUUAUCAAUAUUUUCUUUCAUCUGUCUCUGUUUUGAUGUUGUCUUCUUGUUUUCCAUGUUUUCCUAUGGAAUUUUGCCAUAGCUUUGUCCAGUCCAUUAUUGGAAAGUCUUUAUUUUGUCUCACAAGAAGUUUAAUGUUAAAUUUGAAUUAAGGUGUGUGUGUGGGGGGUUAUUUUAAGACUUUGCCUGCAAUAAAGUCUAGUUUAGAUAAUUUUUUUUUCUACGUGCAGAUUGGUAUCAUUGAAGUUGCAGGAUGAAAUCUUAUGAUCCUGGAUUACAACUAGAGGAUUCAGGAGAGGCUGUGUUUCUGUACUAUGGUAUUUCACGUGCUUUGGGUUCCAGAGCUGAAUCUCUCAUCAGCCAGUUAGUCUCCAUGAGCAUUUCAUGACCUGAUACUUUCCUUUUCAUACAAAAAUAGAAAUCAUCUUCAUGCAGAAAUACAAAAUUUUUUAUAGAUAUAUACUCUUCUGAAGAAUAUGGUACAAAACUAGCAAAGGACAGGAACAGUUGUUGCAUUGAUUUUUGCAGGCUUAAAGACACCCUCACUUGAAUUGAAACCAGAGUAUUGCCUUUUUCUUCCAUCUGAUAAGAGGAAGCAACAAUUUUUUCUUGGAGAGGGAGAGAUGUUGGCCUCUACUUGAAUGUAUUGAAAUCAUUUGUAUUUCCCAGAUCAUGUUGUAUGUCUUAUGAGAAAAAAAAGGCCAUGGAGUUCCUAGGCAUUCAGUAGUGAGAAAGGAAGGCCUGAAAGUAUAAGUCUUGAUUGUUUUUUUUUCCCCUCCUCAGGAAGUAAAGCACAAUUAUCAUUGUUUGUAGCAUAAUUUUAUUUAAAUAGUUCAUUAUGGUGAUCAGUGUCUGAUUUUAUGAGCUCUUAUUGCUUUUACUUUUUUUUAAAGUUCUGCUUUAUACAUUAGUAAUAUGGCCAGUCCUUUAUUUGAAAAUUAAAGCCAUGGCACACUUAAAUUAAUAAUCAUUUUUUUAGUUGAUUUUAAAAUACAUAAGACAUGGCGUAAAAAAUUGCUGAUAUAAUACAUCAGACAUGGAAUUUCAAAUAUUCAAAAAUUACUCCUUAAAAUAUAUCAUAUUUCAUAAUUACCAUCACAUUUUUUUGAAGAGAAGGGGUAAUUCUGACAUAGGACCAAAGACCAGCUGUUAAUAGCCACAUUAGGGAAAGUCAAAUAGUUCAUGUAUGUAGCAGAGUUCUUUUAUUUAUAUUUAUAUGAGGUAUUAUUUGUUACUUUAAGUAAAAUAGUGUGCCCUUUUUUGGUAUGGUAUUGGCACAUGAUUAUUAGCUGGUUCAAAUGGUCCUUUUAUGAAUUGCAAGACAUGAAAAUCCAAAUAUGUUACAUUGAUUCAUGGAACUAAUCAAGUUAAACAAUAUAUUGUCUUAGUAUUUACCAUUUUGUUCAUUCAAAAGAUAUGUACUUAACAUCUCCAAAUUAGAAUAGACGGUAAGACAUGUAGGGAACAGAAAUCUUCUAGUUAUUAACUCAUGUUCAGCAUGUACAUGAUAUUUAACAGGGACACUUAAAAUACUAUAUUGAUAAAUUUUCAUUAGUCUACUAAUAUAAUGAAUGCACUUGCUAUAUAUAUCUAAUUAUAGAAGAAAGAAAUUCAGAAAAAGAUGUUUUAAAAUUCAUCUGUGGCAAGUAGUUUGGAAAAGUGCAGUAAAUCCAAAAUUUUACAUGUUUGAAGCUACUUUUCUAGGAUGUCAUCAUUUAAAACAAAACUCUGUGGCCUUGCUUAGAAUUGUUUUGGUUAAAUUAUUUUAAACUGAGCAUCCUUGUUCAUUAUUUACAGGCAGUAUUCAGAACUGCAUAGUCAAUAAAAUAUUUUUUUAAAAAAGGUUAACAGCCUUAUAGAAACCAGUUGUUAAAUUCUAUGCUGUAGUUUUUAGAAACUUUUAUUUCUAAAUUGCCAAUCACAUUAAAAUAUCUUCCAUUCCAAAAUUUUGAUUGUUUAUAUUUACUGUCAGCUUUUAUUUUCUAAAAUGCUAAGCAAUAUCGAUAAAUCUGCCAGAAUAACUUUAGAGGCCUUAAUAUGGUUCAUUCAUUCAUUCAGUCUUUAAGUAUUUGUUAAGCACCAACUUUUUAUAGGUGCUCUUUUAGACACGAAUUUCUUCCAAUAGUAAUGUCUAUACUAAUUGUUUCUCCUUACUCACAACCACUUAUUCCUCAAGUCCAGCAGUCUAGUUUCCAUUUCUGUUACUUGACUGAAACUAUUAUCUUAGUGGCCAACAAUGAAUUUCAUAACUAUAAAAUCCAAUGGCCUUUUCUCCAUCUUCAUUAUCCUUAAUACUUUUGCAACUUUUGACAUUGUUGACUACCUCUCCUUAAAACUUUUUCCUUUCUCCUGUUCAGUGACACUGUACUCUCAUAGUUUUCUCCCUACCUCUCUGACCAUUCUUUCUCUUUCAUAGACUUUUCCUAUCUCUUAGAUAUAGGAAUUCUCUAAGACUAUCCUUGGUGGUCUUCUCUCUCUGUAGAGUCUCUCCUUUGGGAUUCUCUUUCACUUCUGUGACAGUCACCAUAAUUACCAUUGUGUAGAUGACUCAAUAUAUAUUCAGACUUGAUCUUUAACUAUCUCUACUGCAUACCCCAUCUCAUACUGCAGGUAGAACUUCUAAUUUAUUUCUAAAAUUACUUUUGUAUUUUGUUUGAAUCUGAAUUUCCCCUCUUCAUUUCUGUUCAUUAUCUCCCUACAACUCAAACUUAAAAUGUAGGUAUUUCUUUUACCUUUCCCUUUUUCCUCCAUAUUGAAUAAUUUCCUAUACCCUCUCAGCUGGUAAAAUUAACUCACACAUUUGUUCCUUCAUUCCCAUUAUAUUUACCCUAGUUCAGUCUCAUCUAUAUCUUGUCUAGAUUAUUGCUUUGAUAUUCUUACUUAGCUCUUUGUCUAUAAUUUCUCUUUAAAUCAAACUGUCCUUCACAGUAGGAUGUCCCAGAGUGUUCUUUCUAAAGUACAGUUCUGAUCAUGUUGUCUCUCUCCUACUUAGAAGCCAUCAUUGGGUUCCCACUGUCUCCUGAAUAAAGUGCGGACUCCUUAUCCUGAUAUUCAAGAGAGUCCACAAGUUCAUCCUAUCUUUUCAGCCUUAUUUCACAUAUUUGAUGUUUUUCCUUGUUGUUCAAACCAUCCUGGUCUUUGCCUUUGACUCCCUUAUAGGGAUACUGGGAGUAAAGUAUUUUAUAUAUACCUUAAAGCACCAUAUGAAUGUAAAUUUGUGUGUGUUUUUUGUGUGUGUGUGUGUGUACCAUCUCCUAUACCUUUCCCUCCCUCUAAGACCCUGUUCUCUACCUGUUAAAAGUCUACCCGUCCUCAAAACCCAGGUCAAAUUCCACUUCAAAGAAAGACAUUCAAGUUCUACUUUAUCCUUCUUCAUAUCUUCCAUUGAUCUUUGUUAAUAUUUUAUCUCUUGUAUUUUAUUCAUUUUUGUGUAAGUCUUAUCUUCCUGAUUAAACUGUGAGCUCCUUGAAGGUAGGGACUCAUGCUUUCCUGAUCUUUGUGACUCCCAAGAUCUUUAUUAGUGGUUUGAACAUAGCAGGAACAUAAUAAAUGAGUAAGUUGAAUUGAAUAUCAACCCCCUCAGUGUGACUUACUGAAUCCUCUUAUUGAUCGUACUGUGUUUGAAAUGAGAGCCAUGUUGGUCAAGACUUGUGAUUAUACAGUAUGUUUUAUCAGAAUGUUUGAGAAUUUGUAGGAUGCCUAACAUACCUUCUUUUUUUGGUGACAGGGCAGCAGAGUGAUAACAGUCUCUAAAUAGAGAUAUAAAGAAGUUGUAUUGUGUUAAAUAUUUUGACAGGGAAACUGUCCAGUAAUACUUGACAAUUAAUGAAAAAAAUAUCCAUGUUAAUUCUCGCAUUCCUAAUCUUGUAUGUUUUUUAUGGGUCUAGCAAUCUCUAGUUAGUUGUGAUUUAAAAUUUUUUUUUUAUUUUAGAAGUUAUCUUCUGACAGUUAUAUUAUGGCUCAUAUAGUAGUCACAAUUGUUCAUUUUUGAAGCACUGUACACUUUUUCCUUUUCAAAUUAAUUUCUUGAUGUCUGUUAUAUAUGCAUACAAAUUAAUGAUUUUACUCAUUGGUAUAAAAUAUUUUCUUCUUGACAAAAUUUGAGGUUGUCUUGGAAUUAUGCUUAUUAAUUUAUCCUUGAAUUUACUACCUCUCUUUGCUGUUUAUUGCAGGUGAAAGUCUAGUAAGGUUACAAUUUAUUCUCAUGGUAACUGAUAAUAUUUCAUGAACCAUAAAGCCUGAAAGAGCAUUUAAGACAUCUAGUUACUACCCCUGGUUUUGGACAGAAUUCAGUAUAAUCUUUCUUAGAGUACUGUUUACUUCUAUUUCAAUACUGCUCUCAUAGCCCAGUGGUAUCAAACUCAAGGAGAAAUGGGCCUACUAUACCAUCGUAAGGAUUUCUGGAGGCCUCAUAUUUACUUGAAAAACACAUUAACAUUUUCUAUUUUACAUUGUAUUUUUAUUUUACUGUUUCCCAGUUACAUUUUAAUCUGUUCCAUGAUAAUCUGCUGCACUGAGUGUUUGACAUCUCUGCUCUAUAGUUUAUUAUAUAAGAUUAUUAGAUGUUUCCCAUUUUUGGUACCAUGUACAUUUUGCUUCAUACUGUAUUUGUAUUGCUUACUUUUUCUCUCUUAAGUUGUGUCCUGUACAUAUAUGUUUUCCAUUUGUUAUUUCUCUCUUAGUCCCAGUUUAUAAAUGUCACUGAUCAAUUGUAAAUUCACUCUUGGAAACUUUAUUUGUAGCCUCAUUUUUUAUGGGUUAGGGAAAAUUUCUUUUUCUUUAUGGCAAGUUUUUGCCGUGGCAUUUGGGAAUAAGAA